ACAAAGCACAAAGUCAAAUCCAAAGAAAAUGCGCAAACAGGGGUAUGACGACGUGGAUUUUUGGUUAGAAUUAGCGCUAAAAAGAGAAAAAGGACAGAAUAAAUCUAAAAAAAGGAGUGCAGAACAGAAUAAAGGAAGGAAUGUGAUGUACUACAGCAACGAAGAUAAUGAAACUGGGUCAAGGAGGCAGAUAACGCAGCAACAAGCAGCGGGUGGGGGUGGAGAACUAGAUGGUGCUUCUACAAAAAACGCUGAGGGGGUAAAACAGGGAGGGCAGAGUAGAAGUUUAUACCCAGCUUUGCCAUCGCCCCCUGAAUAUGAGGAGAGCGAUAGUGACAGACCUAUCACUAGAUCAAAAGGAGAAAAGUUUGAAUGGUCUAAAACAUUAGGGGAGAGCUUGGUGCAGGGGGCCACUGCUUCCAUCGCGCCUUCUCUCCCUCCCCCAUUUUUUCCUUCAGUAGGGAAAGAUAGUCCGCCAAAUACAUCUGAACUGUAUCCAAUGAUACAAGUGGCAAAUCCCAAUGCGGGAGCAGAGGGGGCAGCGGACACGAUUCUGGUCUACAGAACGUGGACCCUGGAGGACAUAAAAAAAGCACUAGCAGGGAUUACAUCUUAUAAGGAGGAUGUAAACCGUUUUGUUGAAGAGAUGGAUAGCCUGCGCCAGUCCUACCAUCUGAACGGACACGAAGUCCAGCAAGCAUGGAUGACUGCCCUAGGUAGUGACUGGCACCAUGUUCGAGGAGGGUGGAACCCGUUAAGUGGGUCUCCUCCUGCAGUUCUUGCACAUAACGAUAGGGAACUAUCAACCAGAGUUGAUGCUUUAGCAGCAAGAACAAUUCAAAAAUAUAAACGCAGAGCAAACUACACUGAGAUAAGCAGGAUCAAACAGAAGGAGGAAGAAACUUUUGAUGAUUUUAGGACAAGAAUGAUGAACACAUUUAAGAUGCACAGUGGACUGGUGGAAAAUGAUGACGAAAAUGGUCCAUAUAAACAACAGUUAAAAAAUGCAUUACAUGCAGGGUCAAAAGACGCAAUAAGAUCAUGGGUAACUAAGUUUUUUAUCAAUGGGGACGAGGAAGGGGAGAUUUUAGAGGCAGGGAUCAGAAAUAAAAAAGGAAGAUUUCUUUGUCGUCCAGGGAUAUGGGGAACCACAUUAUCACUAUUCAUUGGAUGUGCCUAACAGGCCUCCACACAACAUUGCACAGACUCUUCUGGCGGAGGGGCGUAAAGCCAUCUCUGCCCCGCAGGAUCAAAGAUCUCCUGAGAGUCUUCACAUCACUCUUUGGGUUAAAACAACUCCGGGGCCUGAUAAGAACUAUGAAGCCAGGCUCAACAAGGUCACCCCGGCCAAGAUAACAGUGACCUAUCUGUACACUGACACACAACACACCUCGGUGGCAGCAGUGAGCCUCCCAGAGGAUCUAAAAUUUUUGA